AUGGAGCAGGGACGAAGUGCCAAAAGUGUUAGCAACUUUGCCACAUUUCUGUUGAUUUUGCUCGCACAAAACUGUGGCCAGGCACGCAGCCACGGGCGUGAUGGAUUAGCAAAGUUGGAGUUUAGCGGCCCGGCUCUCACUGUUUUUAAUUUUGCAAAAAUAUACGAAACUUUGUGUGCGCAACUGCUGCCAGCAGCGCCGCACCCCGGGGAGGUCAAAGGGCGUGACCUGGUCCGGGGGAAGCCCAUGUUCCAUGUUUUCGAUCAACUGCAGCAGGACUUUGAGGCGAAAUGGCGGCGCACAACCACAGUGAAGCCUUUCAGUGUCCUCCAGCACUUGGACUGGGAGCAGGAGCAGCAGUCUCAGCGACUGCAGGCCCGGCCAAACACUAGCUUCGAUAUCCUGGAAGAGUUGUACAAGGAUCAAAGGGCCUAUGAGCUCAGUACCACAACUGUUAAGCCCUUUUAUGUGCUGCAAAAACUGGAAAAGCACCUAAUCAAGGCAAAUAAACACACCACCACGGUCAAACCCUUUCAUAUAGUUGGAACCCUCGUAGAAGAUUUAAUUAAAAAGGAUCUCAAAGAGGGUUAUCUAGUGGAAAAACCCGUUAAAUCCACGGAACCUUUAGCUGAACACAAGGCCGAUUUGAAACCCCAAUCUCGGGCGAAAGAAAGUAACAAGCGGAGACGGAAACGCAUUCGCCGCAGACGCAAACGAAUUCGACGACGCCGGAAACGGACACGUCGACGUCGCCGAAAGAAGCGCAAGAAGAGACGGAAGAAGCGCAAGAAGAAGAAGCACAAGGGAGACAAGGGCGACAAGAAAAAGAAGAAGAAGGGCAAGCGAAAGAAGCGGAAGAAGCAACAAAAGCCAGAAGAUCAUCAGGAGCACUCAAUUUUCCAGCCCGGUCAAGUGAUCUUUGCCAAUCCCACCAAGCAGCCGUACUACCACCAUCCCCACGGAUAUCCCUAUCCGCCGGCUGACCAGUUGCAGGUGCAAACCAUACCCACAGCUCUGCUGGCCGCCUUGACCACCAAGAAGCCAGCUACGGUGACCACCACUACCACACAUCGUCCCUUCAGCAAGAUCAAGUACCUCCUCAGGCACAACAGCAUCUUCAAGAAGAAGAAAAAGGAGUAUUUAAGCCACGUCGGUCAGGUUCUGUAUCCGUUUGUUAAAUUUGUGGCCUUCUUCACGGUCCUCAAUCCCUUUACACUGGGCGUGUUCCUCUUCACCCUGAUCUCCCCCGCCGUCUUUGGAUUCCUGGGCUUCGUAGCCCUAAGUGUGCUGGUCAAGCCCUUCCUGCAUCUGGUGUUCGGAGUGAAGCGAAAUGUGAACGCCUUUGAUCGCAAGCGGUGGCUGGCCCACAAGCAGGCGGAGAAACUGAAACUGAACCUGAGACCGGUCACCAUCCACAAGCACUUCUACCAGCAGAAUCCGGUGCACUCUGCUCCACCGGUGAAACUGCGUCCCGUGGGUCACUGGCGAAGGGAGGGAGGUGGGCCUGGAAAUCAGAUGGCCAGGCCACCAACCAAAAGACCACCAACCCAGCAACCCAUGAGUCGUUAUAAUCCCUUGCUGCCUGAUUAUCGCAAGGCACUUAGGUAUGAUCAUGCGGAUCAGCCUGGAAUCUUUCUGAUAUAG